GUCUCUACUUAUACUUACACUCCUUUCAUGAUUCUGGACAGUACUCAAUUCCCAUUGCCAUAACAUUCUACAGAAGUACUGGUCGCCGAACAAUGUCUCAACCAGUUGGCCAGGAGAUGGCCAACGACACUUCGCAGAACGAAGCUGCCGAAUUCUCGAGGACUGGAAUUCAAUCUACCAAAGAACGCAACGAUCGGUUGUGGGACUCACAUAAAGACGCUAUUCGACGUAUCUAUGUAGACCAAGGCAGGCCACUCAGACAAACGAUGCAAGAGAUCGAAUCCAGAUACCAGUUCAAGAAAAGUACACGCAAUUGGAAGAUGAAGUUGCGAGAAUGGGGCUUUGAGAAGAACAUGACGAGAGACAUGAAAUUCAUGUUGGCAAAGGCGGCAAAAAGAGAGCGAGACAAAGGGAAGGCGACCGAGUUCAUACGCGACGGUCAGAUAGUCCCCGAUGAUACUGUUCUUCAACUCAAGAGGCGACGUAUCAGUGAGGUGGAAGAGAUCGGGUCACCGAUGAUCUCAACACCUUCGAACAUUACAUACGCAACUCCUGCAGCAAUUCCUGAUACUAUCAUGAUUGUAUCAAAUUCUCAGGGACCUUCUCAGCCUGCCGGUUGUAGCAAUCAGGACUGUGUUGACCAUGACUCGAAGUCGUUGAGCGCUGGCGGUGACCAAGUAUCGCUGCUUGAAUCCUAUACUAAUCUCGCUUCUACUACCUCCUGGCCGAGGUUCCCUGAUCAACCUGCGGAGUCUCUACUCCUAGAAGCUCAAAUUGCUGCCAAAUCCUUGCAAAGUCUCCUUAAACAGAGUUCACGGCGUGAAGCCCGUUUAAGCGAUGAACUGUUUGAGCGAUACAUGGAAAAUGUGUCUACCUUUGUAAGAUGUCCACUGUUCAACGAAAAAGAGGUCAACGGUCUCUAUCAAGAUGCCAUCGAAUACCAUAUGUUCGAGACCGGCUGGAUGGAUUAUUCGAACAUCCUGGAACAAGCACUUGAUCGACUUAUAAGAAACCCACAACUAUACGUCUUCGCUCAACAUCAUAAGGAUAUUUGCACUAGACUUGUCACUUCGGCUAAAUUUUUCUGCUCUGCCUCAGAGAUUGCCAAAAGUCGAUACAUAUUUGCCAAAGUUCUUCGCUUGAAAGAUCUGCCAUCAGAAGCAAUUGAGCAGUACUUCGAAUCAUUCUACGAAUCCUUGUCGCUGUGGAAGUCUAAGCCUGGCAGUUUCGAGUUGACCUACGAUGUCAGGCGAAUCAUAAAGAAUUGUAAUGAAUGUUUACAAAGAGUUGGACUUGGUGAGAACUGGGAUGAUUCAUCCAUAACUCCGGACUCCCUGAAGCCUAAAAUGAAAGAAAUGUUUCGCCAAAUACGUUUGAUCCAUACAGAGCUAAACUACCGUUAUGAGAGUGCCGAGAUCCUUGAUAGUCUUCAACCGAUGGGCGAGGCAGCUGGAUUGAAUCCAUUUUCCAAAGACCCAAAAGAGUGGCCGGAGACAUUUGCAACGGCUAUGCUAGUUUUCGAGGCGUGGUCCGUUUUCAUGAGCCGACGUGGCGAAUCUACUACCACGGAAGUUCUAGAUGCCUCAUAUGCAAUGGAUUUCGACGAAUGGUCCGCAUUCAUGACCACACGCCCCAGCACCUCAAAGAAAAAGAAUACGAUUUCAAGCGCAGCAAGCAAAAGUCUCAAAUACGGAAUGACAUAUACGGAGAGCACAGUUUCGGGAUUGAGCUUGGACUAUACAGGCCUUUUUCCUUUUUAUGCGAGGUAG